CCAAAAACCAGCGCAUCGAAAAGCUCAUACUUUUUGCGUCUUCCAAAAUAAUUUGCCAAUUACAAUGAUUACUUCUUUUUUGGACAGACAGUAUUGCCAAUUGCAAGCACUUACUCUGACUUCGCUGUUAACGACUUCCAGUGCUUUUUCAUGCAGUAAGAAGAAGAAUUAAUUUCUGAAACAAUUUUUCGUGUGCAUAAUAUUAAAGUGUUGUUCCAAAGAAAAAAAUAAACAUAACUGAUCAUUGGAAAAGCUGAUGAAUAACUACGAUUUGUUUACGUUUUUUAAAAUGUUCAUUUACUCUUUUCAAUUUUUGUGUUACAAUCAAGUGUAAAAAAAGUUUUUUUAGUUCAAAACACCACUACCAUUGUACAAAAAUCCUGAAGGAAAAUAACGACAAUCACAUUAAAAUACGGGAGAUUAAAAAAAAAUCAAUCAUUUUAUAUUUAUUCGAUUUGUGCUUUACAAAACAACAAGCAAACUGAAAUCACGAAAGCAAACCCUUCCAUGCAAUAUGGCUAAAAUGUAUGGAAAGGGUGGUAAGACUGCCAUAGAAUCGGAGGAGCAGCAGAAAUUACGAUGGCAAGUAGAAUUGGAAUUCGUGCAAUGUCUAGCAAAUCCCAACUAUCUAAAUUUUCUUGCCCAACGUGGCUAUUUUAAAGAUCAAGCUUUUAUUAACUACCUCAAAUAUCUGCAAUAUUGGAAGGAACCUGAAUAUGCUAAAUACUUAAUGUACCCAAUGUGUCUAUACUUUCUUGAUCUUUUGCAAUACGAACAUUUUCGCCGAGAAAUUGUUAACUCCCAGUGCUGUAAAUUUAUCGAUGAUCAGGCCAUAUUGCAGUGGCAACAUUACACACGAAAACGUAUUAAAAUGUUCAAUUCUGUGAAUAACACACAACUGAACGCAGCAACUUGUGGUACCGAAAUAAAUGAAGCACAGCAACCACAAAUGGCCGCCCAACAACCUGGUUCAAACUCAGCAGCAGGCGUUAACAUUCAGAAUGGCAAUACCGGGGUUAAUACUCAGCAGGCCCAAUUAGUUGGUUCCCAGCAACAGUCUCAGCAAAUGAACGGAACUAAUUCGGUGAAUCUUGGCGUCGGAGGUCCCUUAAUGCAGAAAAUGCAAUAAUUGCCUUUUUUGUUAUGUUCUUGUAUUUGUGUAGUUUUGUCGAUUUUGUCCUAAGGAUCAUCGAAACACGUUUAUAUAUUACUUUAAUUUAAAAUAAAAGAUUUUAAUAUAAGAUAGUAAUAUAUUUUCAAUUGACUGUUUAGAAUAAGAUUUCGAGGGUUUUGCUUUAAAUCUAAUAUAAAUUUCGUCGUUUAAUAUAUCCAAGAAGUCAUUAAUAUCUCUUCUAUCUU